GGGUAGCGCCAGCCGUGAUUGAUUGGAGGUUAUUGCACAAAAGCGGCGCGAUUCUUUGCCAUGGAGGUGAUUUUGGAGAGGGAGCUACAUAUUGGAGCAAACGAAUGGCUGAUUACCUUGGAGAACGGACGUAGAUGGCGGUCUACACGAGAUUGUGAGGGACAUGUCUUUACGGCUGCAAAUGGAGCCAGAGGUCGAAGGGGGAGCGAUCUCUCUGGCUGGUUGGCUGAAGGAGAAAAGUGAGGAUAUGCUGGAGAUCAUCUGGGAGCUGGAGGAGGGGCCGGAUCCUCGGCUUGAUGUCUGCAUCGAUUGGAGGAGGGCAGAUGGCAUCAUGUCUGUCUGCAAAACCCUCUGUAAUGAGGGUCGCGAUUUGUAUGCUCUUCUGGAAGACCGGUUGGAGGGCGUUAUCGAUUGUGAGGACGCGCAAGUGGCGAUAGAGGCAACAACGUUAACAUCAAGACCAUCAACAACAUCAAUAAAUGGGUGCAACAACAACAACAGCAACAAUGCUAACAGCGACGAUAACACAAACAACAACAACAGUGGCGAAAACAUCAACAUCAACAACAACAACAACAACGACAGCAACAACAACAACAACAACAACAACAACAACAACAACAACAACAACAACGAUAAUAUCAACAGCAACGACAACGACGACGGCAGUGACGACUUCAGAAGCAGCGGGGUUGACAGCGGUGCCCGUGCAGAUGCGAUCACCAUCAACAUGAUGGGGGAGAUGCCGCAAGUGGGCGAAGGGGAGAUUGAGGUUGGUACGGAAAAGGGGUUUGCUAUCUCCCCCCCUCUCAACAGUAGUGACAACGACGACGACGACAACAACAACAACAACAACAACAACAACAACAACAACAACAACAACAACAACAACAACAACGACGACUACGACGAUGACGGCGAUGGCGGUGGCGACGGCCAAGGGAGCAGCGGGAUAGGAAGCGGCAUCCGGGCAUCUGAGAUUAUCAUCAGCGUGAUGGGAGCGAUGCUGCAAGCGAACGUGGCGGGAUAUGGGGUUGUUAUAGAGAAGCGGUUUACUGCUUUCCCUCCCUCCAACCUCGAUACAGAGUUCUUCCUUGUGGUUUGGCAGAGGAUAGGAGUAGGAUAGCUGGGGGUGAUUGAUGUUGCCCGGCGUGCAAUACCAAUC